UUGGACUCUUUCUGUUCUAGCCUUUGGCUGCCUGUCCUCUCUAUCUUUUCUCUAACUUUUCUGCAUUGAAAUUUCUCAAUCUUUUCUCAAACAACAAAAACCCAAUUCCCCUUUGAUUUCCUUUUGCCCCUUUUUUUUCUCCUUUCAUACAAUCUCCUAUUCUCUCCUUCAGAUAAAGUCAAAUAAAAUUCAAUCUCCUAUUCUCUCCUUCAGAUAAAGUCAAAUAAAAUUCCCAAUCAUUUUGUUUUGCCUUUCAAAGGUAAAAAACUUUGAGUUUUUUACCCCAUUUUAAUGGCUGAAUUUGAAGAUAUUGGAGCUGAUAUUAGUUCUGACAUUGAAGGUGAUGACUUAAGAUGUGAAAAUAUAGCAGAGAAAGAUGUCAGUGACGAAGAGAUUGAAGCAGACGAGUUGGAGAAACGAAUGUGGAAAGAUCACAUCAAACUCAAAAGGAUUAAGGAAAGACGGAAGAUUGCAGCCCAACAGGCUGCAGAAAAUCAAAAGCCUAAGCAGACCUCUGAUCUGGCUCGGAGGAAGAAAAUGUCCAGAGCUCAAGAUGGGAUUCUUAAGUAUAUGUUGAAGCUAAUGGAAGUUUGCAAAGCACACGGAUUUGUGUAUGGAAUCAUUCCUGAGACAGGUAAGCCUGUAAGCGGUGCAUCAGAUAAUUUAAGAGCUUGGUGGAAAGAAAAGGUGAAGUUUGAUAAGAAUGGGCCGGCAGCCAUAGCCAAGUAUGAGUCAGAGUGUUUAGCUAUGAGGGAGUCUGAUAACAAUAGAAAUGGAAACCCGCAGAGCAGUCUCCAAGACCUGCAAGAUGCUACUCUUGGGUCCCUCUUGUCUUCUUUAAUGCAGCACUGUGAUCCACCUCAGAGAAAGUAUCCUCUAGAAAAGAGAAUUCCUCCGCCUUGGUGGCCAACUGGGAAUGAAGAGUGGUGGGUAAAGCUCGGGCUGCAACAGGGUCAAAGCCCUCCUUAUAAGAAGCCACAUGAUCUUAAGAAGAUGUGGAAGGUUGGAGUGUUAACAGCUGUGAUAAAGCACAUGUCACCUGAUAUUGCAAAGAUUCGAAGGCACAUACGCCGGUCAAAAUGUUUACAAGAUAGGAUGACAGCAAAGGAGAGUGCAAUUUGGUUGGGGGUUUUGGGCCAAGAGGAAGCUCUGAUUCAGCAACCUAGCAGUGAUAAUGGAACAUCCGGCAUAACUGAAAUGCCUCAAGGUGGUCGUGGUGAUAAGAAGCAAUCUGCUAUCAGUAGUGACAGUGAUUAUGAUGUUGAUGGUGUUGAUGAUGGAGUAUGUUCAGUUUCUUCCAAAGAUGACAGGGGAAAUCAACUGACAGAUGUGGAGCCUGUGGCUUAUAUAAACAAUAAUGAUUCCCAUGCAGUCCAAGAGAAGGAGCCGGUGGAAAAACAACAUAGGAGCAAGAGACCUCGUUUAAAACCAAGCCAUGGUGAUGAACAACCUGGGCCAAGCCAUGGUCAUCGACAACCUGGACCAUCUAACAAUGAACAUGUAAAUGCUGAGUCAAGAAGAACUUUGCCUGACAUCAACCAAACUGAUGUAUCAUUUCUGGAAUAUCAGAUGCCUGACACUCAACAGGAAAAUGAUGCAAGCACAGCAUUGGGGCAUGUGGAGAAAACUGGAGAUGUUCAGUCACAUCUACCUGCAAUUGAAUACUGCCAGUAUCCUGCAAUUCCUUCUGCUAAGGAAAUUUCCAUGGAUAGCAUGUAUGUAGAUGGAACGCCCAUGCUCUAUCCCUUGAUGCAACACGCUGAGCUGCACCAUGGUGCUGCAUAUGAAUUUAAUAAUCCAUCAGUUGAAUUUGGGCCUGCUCAUGAUAUUCAGCAAACUCAGAUGGAGAUGAAUGUACUACAGAUUAGGCCAGAAAAUGUGGUUCACGUAUCAGCACCAGGUAGAAAUGAAAAUGAAAUUAAUGGAGAAUUGCACCAUUAUGUGAAAGACAUAUUUCAUAAUGAGCAAGAUAGAGCUUUUCAUAAUCCCUUUGGUUCUCCAACAAGUGAUCCAUCGUUUUAUGGUGGAUUUCACAGCCCCUUUCAACUCCCAUUUGAUGGUACAAGUUCACUAGAGGAACUGCUUGAUGAUGACUUGAUACAGUACUUUGGAGCUUAGAUUUGAAAAUUUAAGAUGUCUGAGCAUAGAUUGCAAGUAAUAUUUUUCUCUUCAACCCCCUGUUUCAUUUAUAAAUGAUUCAUAAUCUUGUUUCCAAGGUUUUAUUUUAUGUUAGUUUUGCAGGAACUGCGAAACUAUGCAAUCAUCUCUGACCUGGAUGGAGGAAUUUCUCUUAUCCAUUAGUUUUUCUAGUGCAGGUGUUUUCAUUUGAAUAUGCAAAGACUGUAAGUCAAGUCAAAUUUUCUAAUUUAGUUCGAAAAACAUUAUAUUUUUGUGUCCUAUUCCCAGCUUCCCCUGAAUGGUAAUUUCAAUAAAGAGGUUCAUGUAAAUGUUUCAAUUUUAGAAGCUGUCCAUUUGACAAAUUUCUGACGUUUUCCUUGUUUCCUUAAGACAAAAUAGCCCAUUAGUCAAUAUAUUCCUUUCCAUGUAUAUGAAUUUCCAUCUAUAUAUAGUUAUUAUGUAGACAACUUAUUAUUUCUCAACCCAUCACCGCCUUACUAAUGGCCUAAGUUCAGCUUUUGAUUAUUUGUUUUAUCUCCAGUGUUUUUGGAUUUUUAUUGGGCUAGUUUAUUGCAUGAUAGAUGCUUUGUCAUAGUAGACUAGGGCACUUUUCUUGGGGGUAGCUCUUAAAGGAUCCAAUCCUCACGUGUAAAUAUGGAUAACUUUAUUCAAAUUCUUAUACUAUAUUUUGCUUCCCUGGGUCACUGGAGGCCUCAAAACCAGCAUUAUUCCUCCCCAACUGCCUCCUGAUCAGUCCACCCCAAGCAAAACACACCCAAGUAAAAAGGCAAAAAAAAUAAAUAAAUAAAG